AUGAAGAGAACCAAGGAAUCAACCGAAGAAAGCAACAAACAAGAUGUCAAGUUGAGGAAAUCAGAAAUAUUAGCAGACAAAAUCACGAAACUACCAGCUGAAUUAACCACCAAAAUCUUUUCAAAAAUGGAAGAUGACCCGAAAACCCUGAUUCGCUGCUCCGCUGUCUGCAAGAACUGGGGAUACUUCGUCUCCAAAACUGUCAAUCUCUCCCUCAGAUUUUUGAGUACAGGUGAGAAGGGUGAGUCUCUUCCAUGCUCAAAACGUCACUACCACAUUCCAGUAGCUGCAAUCCCUUCUAUCAUGAAGGUGUUUGCAAAUCUGGAAUCUCUCAAAAUUAAGCUCUGCCGUUUCCCUUCUGCAACUUCACAGCCACCUUGUUGUCAAAACUUCAACCAGAUUAAGGUCGAGUGGGAUGGUGAUGAUUAUCAUACUUAUACAUGCACGGCAUUUGAGGUUGGAUUGUUAUCAUCAAGUAUCAAAGGAGCUGUUCUGUUUCAUGAUUUCAGCAGAAACAAUUUUGCUACCAUCCACAGUUUCUCGGUCACCUACUUUUACUGGAAAAUGUUAGAUCACAGGCCAAAAACGUUGAGUAGCAUGGUGAUUAUGAGUUCUAAGAUGGAACGGUCCAGAUCGGGAGGGAAGGUUUUUCUGAAAUACGAACAGCUCCCAAACUUGCGUGAUUCGGUUUCGAAUUCAAAAGUGAACAAGAGCUGGCUUGAGGAUCCACAGCAUGUGGUUCACUGGCACAAGAACCACUCGGCGAAGAAUCAUUUGCUGCAAGAACAGGUGUGGCUUGUUUAUGAAUGGAAAUAUUUUGUAGCCAACAAAGAACUCGAUCAGAAAGAACUUGACGAGAAAGAACUGUCAGCAAAGAAGACAGAUUUUACGGAACUGUUGGAUGGAUUGGAUUAUGAUGCUGGUGGUGAUCGUAUCAGAAAACGCAGAACUCCGUGCCGACAGAAAGUUAAGCGCAUUAAGAAGACUUCUCUUCCACAUAUUCAACAAGUGCAUCAUUCAUUUGCAUCAUUACACUCUAGACAUCGUGCUCUUUGUCUCAAUGGCAGUGAAAAAUGCACAGUUAUUCUGGCUGCAAUGCCAUGA